AUGAACUCAACAGACCUCCCUCAGGAUGCUCCCAACACUACCCUGCUACAUGUGCCUCACUCCCAGGGAGAAAACAGCACUGCUGUCCAGGAAGACCUCCAGGACCUCAUCCACACGGCCACCUUGGUGAGCUGUACCUUUCUGCUCGCAAUCAUCUUCUGCCUGGGCUCUUACGGCAACUUCAUUGUCUUCUUGUCCUUCUUUGAUCCGGCCUUCAGGAAAUUCAGAACCAACUUUGAUUUCAUGGUCCUGAACCUGUCCUUCUGUGACCUUUUCAUUUGUGGCGUGACGGCCCCCAUGUUCACCUUCGUGUUGUUCUUCAGUUCAGCCAGCGGCAUACCAGAUGCUUUCUGCUUCACUUUCCACCUCACCAGCUCCGGUUUCAUCAUCAUGUCCCUCAAGACAGUGGCGGUGAUUGCCCUGCACCGGCUCCGCAUGGUGUUGGGGAAGCAGCCGAACCGCACGGCCUCCUUUCUCUGCACUUUGCUCCUCACUCUGUUCCUCUGGGCCACCAGUUUCACACUCGCCACCUUGGCCACCCUGAAAACCAGCAAGUCCCACCUCUGCCUUCCCAUGUCCAGUCUGAUUGCCCGAGAAGGGAAAGCCAUCCUGUCUCUCUAUGUGGUCGAUUUCACCUUUUGUGUUGCUGUGGUCUCUGUGUCUUACAUCAUGAUUGCUCAGACCCUGCGGAAAAAUGCUCAAGUCAGAAAGUGCCCCCCUGUGAUCACAGUUGAUGCUUCCAGACCACAGCCUUUCAUGGGGGCCCCUGUGAAGGGAGGUGGAGAUCCUAUCCAGUGUACCAUGCCAGCUCUUUACAGGAACCAGAAUUACAAUAAACUGCAGCACGUUCAGACCCACGGAUACACCAAGAGUCCCAACCAGCUGCCAACUCCUGCGGCCAGCCGGCUCCAGCUGGUGUCGGCUGUCAAUCUCUCCACGGCUAAGGAUUCCAAGGCGGUGGUCACCUGUGUGAUCAUUGUGCUGUCGGUCCUGGUGUGCUGCCUUCCACUGGGAAUCUCCUUGGUGCAGGUGGUUCUGUCCAGCAAUGGGAGCUUCAUCCUUUACCAGUUUGAACUGUUUGGUUUUACGCUUGUAUUUUUCAAGUCAGGAUUAAACCCUUUUAUAUAUUCUCGGAACAGUGCAGGGCUGAGAAGGAAAGUACUGUGGUGUCUGCAGUACAUAGGCCUGGGUUUUUUCUGCUGCAAACAGAAGACUCGACUUCGAGCCAUGGGAAAGGGAAACCUCGAAGUCAACAGAAACAAAUCCUCCCAUCAUGAAACGAACUCUGCCUACAUGUUGUCUCCAAAGCCCCAGAAGAAAUUUGUGGACCAGGCCUGUGGCCCAAGUCAUUCGAAGGAAAGUAUGGUCAGUCCCAAGAUGUCUGCUGGACAUCAACACUAUGGUCAGAGCAGCUCAACCCCCAUCAACACUCGGAUUGAGCCGUACUACAGUAUCUAUAACAGCAGCCCGUCCCAGGAAGAGAGCAUCCCACAUAACUUACAGCCAGUAAAUUCUUUUGGAUUUGCCAGUUCAUAUAUUGCCAUGCAUUAUCACACCACUAAUGAUUUAAUGCAAGAGUAUGAUAGCACUUCAGCCAAGCAGAUUCCAGUCCCCUCUGUUUAG